AUGCCACAUUUAAGACGACUGAUUAUUGUAAAUCACCUGAACAAAAUUGAACCACUAUUUUUUGGCCAGUUUGAGUUGAUAACACGUAUCACACUGUAUGAUAACGAGCUGAAAACUCUAGAGGCAAACACGUUUACAAGACUGGAAAGGUUAGAAGAACUGGAUUUGAGAAACAAUGCUAUCGAACACAUGGAAAGUUUAAGUGUAUCGUUUUGCAAAAUUGACACUGUUGAUUUAUCACAUAACAGUCUGCGAAUCCUAAUCAACGACAUUUUCAAGGGUUCUGUUGUUAGGAAGUUGGUGAUAACACACAACAAACUCUUGGACAUACAACAUAAUGCGAUGCCUUUUCAUUUGAAAGUUUUAAAUUUAAAUUACAACGAAUUUCAAACUUUUUCGUUAUCAAAGUUAAAGCGGACAGAAAGUGUUACAGAUGUCAAACUUAGUCACAACAAACUAUAUACAGUCGAAGUAUUUCAUAUUUCCAACAAGAUAGAAGCUUUAGAUGUAUCCUUCAACAAUUUAUACACGUUUCCUAUAACUCCAUCCAUGCUUAGAAACCGACACAAUAUAAAAUUUAUUUCGUUAGCUUACAAUCGUCUAAGAUCUUUUGAUGUGGAUGUAUUUAAGGGGAGUGGUAUUGAUUUUACAGUAAUGGGCAAUCCUUGGAACUGCAAAUGUGCAAACAAAUUAAUAAAGGUUUUCAAUAACUCUACGUCCAUGAUUCGCCAAAGUUUGUGUGACAAAAAAUUUCUGCAAAGUGGAGCAGCGCCAUAUUGCAUUAUGGGAACAAUGUGGUAUAAUGAAGACUGUCCCAAAGUAGAAAUUUUUCCAGAAGAGUAUUUUCAUCAUUUCCAGAGUGCGUUGCCUAAAAGUGAUGACUGUUAUUCAUGGCCUCCUUGA